UCAGUGACAGCCAUUUUGGAUUAAGCGAAACGAAAACAGAGCACUGUCGGCAUAAUUAUAACACAUAUUUUGACAUAUAUUUCGUUUAGCAUGCACGUUUUGGUGGUGUUGGUCAAUAACAAGUGAAUAAUGGCACUUAGCAAAGUUAAAGGAACACUAGAGCGUGUUCUGGAUAAGAAUUUACAGGACCUUGUUCGCGGAAUAAGGAAUCACAAGGAAAAUGAAACUAAAUAUGUGGCCGAGUGUUUGGAUGAAAUCAAGAACGAGCUACGCCAGGAGAAUGUGGCUGUCAAGGCCAUUGCAGUCAACAAACUUACAUAUCUUCAAAUGCUGGGGUACGACAUCAGUUGGGCAGCCUUCAAUGUGAUAGAAGUGAUGAGCUCCCCAAAGUUCACUUUCAAGAGGAUCGGGUACCUGUCAGCCUCCCAGAGCUUCCAUGAGGGAACCGACGUAUUGAUGUUGACAACAAACAUGAUCAGGAAGGAUUUGGGCAGUCAAAAUCUGUAUGAUGCGGGUGUUGCGCUGAAUGGCCUGUCAUGUUUCAUCACGGCAGACUUGGCCAGGGAUCUUGCAAACGACAUUAUGACUUUGAUGACGUCUACAAAGCCAUACCUGCGUAAGAAGGCGGUGCUGAUCAUGUACAAAGUGUUCCUACAGUUCCCCGAGGCAUUGAGGCCAGCUUUCCCACGCCUGAAGGAGAAACUAGAGGACCCUGACCCAGGUGUACAGUCGGCUGCAGUGAAUGUGAUAUGUGAGCUGGCAAGGAAGAACCCCAGGAACUACCUGGCACUGGCCCCCCUGUUCUUCAAGCUGAUGACCUCCUCCACCAAUAAUUGGGUCCUCAUCAAAAUUAUUAAACUGUUUGGUGCUUUAACCCCAUUGGAGCCUCGGCUGGGAAAGAAGUUGAUAGAGCCUCUGACCAACUUGAUACACAGUACCUCUGCCAUGUCUUUGCUGUAUGAAUGUAUUAACACGGUGAUAGCAGUACUCAUUUCUGUAUCUACAGGCAUUCCCAACCACACGGCCUCCAUCCAGCUUUGUGUUCAGAAAUUGAGAAUUCUGAUAGAGGAUUCUGACCAAAACUUGAAAUACCUGGGACUGCUUGCAAUGUCCAAGAUCCUGCAGACACAUCCCAAGUCAGUGCAGACGCACAAGGACUUGAUACUGCAGUGCCUGGAUGAUAAGGACGAGUCCAUCAGAUUCCGUGCCCUGGAUCUCCUGUAUGGCAUGGUCUCUAAGAAGAACCUGAUGGAGAUUGUGAAGAAGUUGAUGGUGCACAUGGACAAGGCAGAGGGCACAAACUACAGAGACGAGUUGCUGGCCAAGAUCAUUGAGAUCUGCUCACAGUCCAACUACCAGUAUGUCACCAACUUUGAGUGGUAUGUGAGUGUUCUGGUGGAGUUGACCCGCAUGGAAGGUACUCGACACGGGCGACUGAUCGCAGCUCAGAUGUUGGAUGUGGCUAUCAGAGUGCAGGCCAUCAGGCCGUUUGCUGUAGCACAAAUGGCUGUCCUGCUGGAGAAUGCCCACCUGUUGUCCAACAACUCCCAGAGGAAUGGUAUCUGUGAAGUGCUGUAUGCAGCUGCCUGGCUGUGUGGGGAGUUCCCAGAUCACUUGACAGACCCAAAGGGUGUACUAGAAGCCAUGUUGAAGCCAAAGAUAACCCUCCUGCCAGGUCACAUUCAGAGCGUGUACGUUCAAAACAUCAUUAAGCUGUACGCCAACAUCAUCAAGAGGGCUGAAGGACAGAAUGGCCUGGCUGGCGUAAGGGAGGUUGGGGAGAUGUUACAGGAGAAGCUUCCCAUCUUUAUACAGAGUGCAGAUCUUGAAGUGCAGGAAAGGGCCUGUUGCAUGGUACAGCUGGUGAAGUAUGUGCUGAAGUCCCAGGACAAAGAUGGUGAUACGGCAGCGGCUAUAGCUGAAGAACUCGCGGCCCUCUUUGCAGGCGAUCUCAACCCUGUGGCCCCUAAAGCUCAAAAGAAGGUCCCCGUUCCUGAAGGGUUGGACCUGGAUGCCUGGAUUAAUGACCCGCCCUCCGAGAGUUCUGAAGAUGAGGAUAGGCCUGUAGGCUCCUCCAUAUUUGUAACAAAGGAUAACAAUGAAGGGUCGUUCUACCAUGAGACGGCAAAGGUGAAGGUUCCAGACAUGACCCCAGAGGAGCGGACCAAGGCUAAAGAACAGAGGAGGGUGGACCAGGCUCACAACCCUAACUACCUCAAGGGGGAUGUCAAGAAGAGCGCAAGCAACACCUCUGCAGACGGUAACCUUGGUAACAGCGUGGUGGAGCUGGACCUGUCCAUACCCCUACGGGUGCCAGGUGGGAUACAGGUUGCGGGUCUAUCUUCGUCUGACCAGUAUAUGAAAAUGGAGCAGAGCUUGCGGACGAAGAAGGCAGGCAAGAAAAAGAGGAAGAAGAGGAAGAAGGGAGGAAAUGAUGAGAGUGAUGAAGAAGAGGACAUCCCUCAGAUUCACCAGGUCUCGACUGUGGAAGAGGUGCCAGAGGGUGCUGAAGCCGUGUCAGACAAGGAAGAAGAUGGAGGUGACCAACGUUACAAGAAACUUGACAUAGACCUAGAUGAACCUCUGAGACCUGGUGAGAUACUACCAGUACGCACCCACAGGAUUGUGCCUGACCACAAGUUACCAGAGCCAGAAGAACAACCCAAAGAGAAAAAGAAGCACAAGAAAAAAGAAAAGGAAAGCAAAAAGGAUAAAAAGAAGAGUAGAGACAGCAGAAAGGAAGAACGGGAAAAGAGGAAGCGCAAAAAGCAGUCCAUACCAGGGGAGGCUGAUGAGCCCAGCCUUCUAAAAGAGGACCACGAGGAGAUCGCUGGGGACAACACACCGCUCUCCUCCCCGCGGGACAAGGACAUGCCCUCCAGGGGCGCCACCGCAACCAACAGCACAGACAAGAUGAAUGACUACGAGUUCUGGAUGUCCAGCACUGAUGCACAAAGCCCUGCCCACAGUGAACCCCAGGGAAAACCCACCACAGAGGUCAAGGUCACCCCUGUUCAGGAUAUAACAUCAGGGGACGAGGCCAAGGUCGACACUUCAGCACAUUCCAAAAAGAAAAAGAAAGAGAAGAAGGAAAAAAGAGAAAAGAAGGAGAAGAAAUCAAAGAAGUCAAAGUUGAAGGCAGGGGAUUAUGAGGAGGCAGGGGGAAUAACUACGCCGUCCCAAGAAGUGGUUGACCCUUCACAGCUAGAAACACCUGUUACAGCCAAGCCGAUGUCAAGUUAUAGACUCUUAGCUGAAAAUGCUUCUAUUAAAAUGAUGUAUGAGACCCGUGUGAGUCCCCAGCGUGGAGACCAGCUGAUCCUCUCGGUCGUGUUCACAAACCUCACUCCACACCUUGUCAACAACCUUGAGUUUAACGUCAUGGAUACACUCAACACUAAACUCUCAAGAGGGAUGGGCCAGGCCAGCCAUGAUGCAGUGCAGGUGCCCUUUGUUCUGCCUGCAGGGCUCAGUAAUGAGGGACAGUUCGCCUUCUCUGUUGACAGCCUUGUGCAGCCCACAAAACUACGAGGCACUCUCACUUACAUGGUUAAGAUGGCAGAAGGUUCAACACAUGAGAAAGUGGAUUUCCGUCUUACUUUCAACUGCAGCUCAUUUAUGUCUGCCCUUCCUUGCAAAAGUUCUGAGUUUGCCUCACUGCUGAGUUCAGGAGAUCUCACCGAGAAGUCCACCAUGAAAUGCACGCCACUGGAGAACAGCUUUGAUGUCUCCCUGCUCAGAAUAUGCUUCUACAAUCAUUUUAAAGUGGUGGAGAAGGUGGAAGGUAGUGCCUCCCUCUAUGGUCGCUCUAUACAGGGACACCACUUGUGUCUCCUAGUCAAAUAUAAUAAUGGGGAGAUAACUGUAGACGGGAAGUCAGCAGAGGGCGCCCUUCUGUCCAACGUCCUGGCUGAUAUCAAGACCGUUCUCACUUCUGACGUCUUGUAGCAUUCCAUGGAAAAAAUAGUAUUUUCACCCAGUUUGUGAUAAUCAUUGCUAAAACUUGUUUGUAUAAGGAGACAUACAGUAGCACAAGUAACUUGGUCCAUUGGCAUAAAGCAGUUGCUCUAUAUGUAAUACUGAGUCAUUUUGAACGGCAUUUAUGAUUGUAUGUAAAGCAGUUCAUUUUAUUAAGUUGAAAUGCUAUAUAGUACUAAUGGGCUCUGCAAUACAUGUUAAUAUAAAGUAUAAAUAUUAAGUGUUUACUAUUACAGCUAUUAUUAAGCCAAAAUGUUUUUCAUGAAAACAGUGUUUAUGUUUUUACAGUUAAGUUGUCAGUUGAAUGGAAGGACCAUAUUAUUGUGUAUCAUAUUUUCCAUAAGUAAAGUUCUUAAUUAUAUUUGAAUCUGUGUAAAAUACCAACAACCUGAUGUGUUUUUACAAACAUUUUGCUAAAGACCUGAGCUAUAUUAAUACUUUUAUCUCAUGUUACACUGGUGACUUUAUUUUGUGAGACAAUGUUACUGGUAUACCAGUUUACUUUCAUGGUCUAUACAUAUUAUAUACUUACCUACAUUAUCGCUGGAACAAAUAACAUUGUAUAAAUGCUUAUUUAUAUGAAUACAAUUCAUCAUCUAUUGUGCAAUGCUUUAAUAUGUAUAUAAGUGCUCUGGAAUGUUGAUUGAUGCUGUCCUUAACCCUUUCAGUGCGGGAACCGAAUUUUGAAGGCCUUUGCAAACAGUUUGGAUCCUGAUGAGACGCCACAGAACGUGGCGUCUCAUCAGGAUCUAAACUGUUUGCUAUUCUGAUAGUAUUCUUUGAAAAAAAACGAAGAAUAUGCUAAUUUUAGAAAUUGAGCAGACAACAUUUUAGCAGAAGACAAAUAACCCAGCAUGCAAAGGGUUAAUGUUUGAGAAUACAAAUACAAGUAACACAAGAUGUAUGAAUGGAGUGGGAGCAUAAAUACAAUGACAUUAAUGGACAAUACAUUUAGUGAUAACAUUUAUCUGAAAAUUGAAAUGAAUGAAAUAUAAAGCAAAUUUUAUCAAAUCACUCUUUUGUGAUACGGGUUCACAGUUUUAGUUUUGUAUUUAGGAUACUUAUUUUCUAUAAUUCAACUUUUGUUAAGGAUUAAUGAUCGGAAACUGUUGUAAUGCAUGUUUAAAACAUUUCCCAGUAUAUUACAUUUUCUAACUUUAAACAUAUUUAUAAAGUGUUUCAUAAAAGGUCUCGUGAAGAGCUUUAGCAAAAGAAAUUAUAAUGUUCAUAUUUGCAUACAUGUAUUUGGGAGUAUCAUUAUCUCAAUAUGUUAUGCUUUGACUCUAUGGAACAUAUCAAAGGUCUUAAGGUUUUGAUCGAUGAUGAUAGAGCAAUAAAAGGUGUGUUUUAAAUGAUUCAUUUAUUCCUAUGAUGACUAAGAUUUAGUUUAAACCUAUUUAUUUUAGCUCGAUUGCAUAGAAAGUAAUUCCUACUUGUUUGAAAUGCUCUCGAGUCCAUUUCCUGGGCCUAGAACCAGCACUUGGUGUCUAUAUGGGAGAUCGAAAGAACGCUCCCACAGCAGGGAUCGAACCCGUGACCUCCCGGUCGCUAGGCGGACACCAUAUCCAUUACACCACGGUGACUAAGAUUUGUCAUGCAAUACUUCGUUCUUGACCUUGUAAAAGAAAGAAAUAUCAUUUAAAUUUCUUGUCGAAGUUCUAAACAUGAAUUUAAGUUAAGACUGACAUUUAAGUUUAGAAUAAAUAAACAUUUACUAUGAAUAUGUUUAUAAACAUGUAAAUGAUACCAUUGAAAUGAACAGAAAAACUGAAUUAAAUUAUUUAUAAUUUACUGUGUCAUGCAAAAAUGGCUCUUAUGCCAUAUGCAGCCAGCGUCACUCCAGACCAGCCCGCGUAAUCAACAGUAUGGUCAGGAGUUACGCUGUCCAGUAGACAUUCACGCAAGGUGUCGUGGUUCCAUCAGUGAACAGAGUAGGUCCUGUCCAGACUGUGCAGAUGCGUAGGCUUGUCUGGAAUUAGGCUGGCCACAUAUGGCAUAAUACCUCUAUUUGCAUGAUGCGGGUGAAAUUGUUGGUGCUUAUCAAUUAUACGUCUUCAAAAGUUGUAUCCCAAUUUAACUCUCAGUGCUGGAACAGAAUUUUGAAGGCCUUUGCAAACAGUUUGGAUCCAGAUGAGACCCCACAGAAUGUGGCAUCUCAUCAGGAUCCAAAUUGUUUGCUAUUCUGAUAGUAUUCUUUGAAAAAUUCGAAGAAAAUGCUAAUUUUAGAAAUUCAGCAGACAACAUUUUAGCAGGCGACAAAUUUCCCAGCAUGCAAAGGGUUACAUGUGUUGGACCAUUAUUUUCAUAAGACGGCCCCAAGCUAUAAGCAUAAUUUUUGGUACAUGUUUGUGGCGAGAAUCAGUCAGAUGUAUGGCCAUAGGUGUGUACUUAAGGGACGGGUGAAACUGAAUGUGGCUAUUGUUCUGACUUAAUUUGUGUUUAUGUCAUUUACUUGUCAAUCCUUACACUCCUUACAAAUACUCGUCAGCCUCUAUGGUAUUCCCAUGAAGUAGCUAUUCAGUUGUAACAGGGACCUAUACAAAUGUAUAGGUCCCUGGUUGUAAUCUGUUACAGGAUGUAUAUCUUAUUGAAGCAUGACAAGCUGUUAACAGCUCUUUGUUGUUACUAUUGUAAAUGUCAAUUAUGUUUCCCUAAUAUUUGCAUUAAAUGAUUUAAUACUGUUAAGUCUUAAGGUUGGGCAUUUAAAUGAUGGAUGCCAAAAAUAGGUCAGAUGACUUUGUAAAAUGUUUUCAAUGUUCAUGCAAAACAUAUACAUGCACUUAUAAGUGGUAGUAAUGAGUACGUGGUUUAUUUUAUCAUCUAACCUAGCUAGGAAUACUUUGGGAUAAAUUCUACAAUAAUAUUUUACUGCAUAUUCUAAAUUGUUAAAGGCAGGUGCAUAAAACAUAAAAACCUUGUUAUUUUGCAUCCCUGACUUUAAAACAGGAUUGCAGUGAUAGUAAUUUAUUCCAUUUUAGUCAAUAAUUAUGGACAAAAUCUACAUAAACAAUUUACCAGUUUUUCCAAAACAUAGUUUUCUGCAGCUGUCUGCUCUGUCUUUCUUUUUUUCUAAAAUAAGUUGUGCAAGGAUUUCAUGUAAAUUGAUUGGAGUAUUUAAUCAUGUGAGAUUCUGCUUCACCGAAAUCUAGAUUGAUAAAUGGUCAACACAAUCCUUGAAUGGGCAGUACCCUAAAUGCAUUCAAUUUCACAAUGCUGUGUUCUAAAUGUGUAAGUAAGACAAUUAUAUGUGUGGGUUGAUCAUUCUUUUGAUUGUAUUGUUUUAAAUCUAUUGUAAUUAUGUUAUGAAAAAUAUUAAGUUGUUGAAAUGUUAUAUGAUUAGAUAAAUUGCAAAUAAAUGUAUUACAUGUG